AUGCAGCCAUCUACACUGAAAGCGAUCAAGGAGAAGUUGAAGUCUGGUAAAAGCUCACGAGAUGUCUACGUGGAAACUCGACAGGAGGCCGGUGUCCUUUCAGCUUGUAAAGUUUCUGCUAGACCGCGUUCGGUCAAUCAGGUUCAAAAAAUUAAGGAACGGUCCAUUCACCACCAAAGCAGUACCUACACUGCAAGACCCGGUCAAAAAGACGAACUUUAUUCCGUGAUUCUGAAAUGCAUCGACGACAGCACACAUCCGAAUAGAUUUCUCCGAUUUGUCCAAGGAGCGCCUCAGCCACUUGCGUUUAUUUCCGAUGACCGUCAGCUACUAGACUUGGAACGAUUUUGUACGAAUCCAUGCAAGCCCGGAAUAUUGAGCGUCGACACUACUUACAACUGUGGGGAGUUCUACGUAACACCAACCACAUACCGGCAUCAGCUGCUCUUGUCGAAGAGAACAGGCAAGCACCCAGUGUUACUUGGGCCUACACUUAUUCACAAGCAUCGAGAUCAGGAAGCCUUCAGUUAUCUCGCAAGCUCCAUGACAAGACUUAAGCCAUCACUAACGCGAAUUUUAGGUGUCGGUUGUGAGAGACAAAGCGAUUAA